GCGAGCAGUGGAACAGGCAGGCCAGGGUUAAAAGGGCCGCUGCUGCUGCUCCCCCGGAAGAAAGGGCGCCGGUCCUCUUCGUCUCCUCUCUGGAUGCUGGGGCCACCCACGCCACGCCUUCCGUACACGCACUUUCUGCUCUCGACCAAAAAAUUUAUUCAAAAAUUACACCAAUUCGUUCUUAAAAAAGCUCGGACCACACGCGCCGCGCGAUCGGCACAAACAAGAAAAACAUUCCCAAACAAAUCGGUUUCACGACCACGAGUAUCUUCUUCAUCGCGGAAAGUGUUUGUGGGAUUGAAAAUCGUCUACAUUUUCGAUCCCGGGCAGAGAUUCCUCCAGAUCCUGUAUUCCAGUGGUGUGUUAUGCCGGCCACGGUAUCAGCCUGGUAGAUUUAAAUUCCUCCAUUCCCCAAUCUGUUGUUGUCACUCCAACUUUGGCGGCCAAGUUCCCCUCUCACCUACCUUCAACAACCACAACCUCAACCACAACACGCACUAUCAACUUCCUCACCACUCCCCCGUUUACCAAUUCGGGAAUCCUUUCGUCCAUCGCGCUUCCUACGACGCCUCACCGUUCUUCACCCCGCAAUAUCAACCACCACCUCUACCACAACAACCAUCGCUUCCUCAUCACCCGGUCCCGCAGACCAGGGUUCCCCAGCAAUCCUCCUCAUACUUCCCUCCCGAUCCGGACAUGGCUCGUCGCUCGUCGCGUAUCGCCCAAGCGGCCGAGGUCGCGCCUCACCCGCCCGUCUCCAAGUACGUCGACCCUGUCGAAGAAGAAGAGGAGUUUGUACCUUCACCUCCACCUCAACCGCAACCGGAACCACAAGAGGAGCCCGUCGCUGUAAUUGAAGAGGAAGAGCCUCCGAAACCCGCUCCUGUGCCCGUCAAUGUGGAGGUGAAGACCAAGUUUCCUGUCGCGCGCAUAAAGCGCAUUAUGCAAGCCGAUGAAGAUGUCGGUAAAGUCGCUCAAGUCACUCCCAUCGCAGUGUCCAAAGCACUCGAACUCUUCAUGAUCUCCCUCGUCACCAAAGCCGCCCGCGAAGCCAAAGACCGCAACUCGAAACGCGUCACAGCCUCGCAUCUCAAACAAGCCGUUGUGAAAGACGAAGUGCUCGACUUCCUCGCUGACAUCAUCGCCAAGGUUCCUGAUCAACCGGCCAGUCGCAAACACGACGACGAUAACAGUGAUCAGAAUGAACAACAACCGAAACGAAAGCGCGGUGGACGUCGUCCGAAAGAAGAAAGUGAUUAAUUAAUGCCCACUACGAUUCUUGUUCUCAAUUCGCGCGUCUUAUUUGAAACGAACUGGCUUGAAUGUCAGCUGGCAUGCAUUAUGUGGUUUGAGGGACUUUCUAUUUACUUGCGCGAUGGGCAGCCAUUCGAUUCGAUUCGAUAUCGAUAUUGAUG